UGCUUUUGGUGCUUUCCAUGCGAGUCCUAAUCGCCUGCGAACCAGACCUGGCUCUCUUAUCGUGAGCGAGAGAAGAGAACGACACAAACCAUGCUCUUCUCUGAUAAAUCCAUAUAUCAACGAUGCCCCUCCUCGCCUUCUUCUUGUGCUUGAUCUCUCCCACCGCUACAUCUCGGAUCCUCAAUCGGUUGGCUCGUUUUCUCCGGCCGUAGGUUUUCGCAGUCGCUCCCACGCGUUUCGACUCGGUUUUGAGUAUUAAAGAUGGAACCCAUGGAUAUUGUUGGUAAAUCGAAAGAGGAUGCUUCGCUACCUAAAGCAACUAUGACCAAAAUUAUUAAAGAGAUGUUACCUCCAGACGUUCGCGUUGCAAGAGAUGCACAAGAUCUUUUGAUAGAGUGUUGUGUAGAGUUUAUAAACCUUGUAUCAUCAGAGUCCAAUGAAGUAUGCAGUAAAGAGGAGAAGCGGACGAUUGCGCCUGAGCAUGUACUCAAGGCGUUAGAGGUUCUUGGUUUUGGAGAGUACAUCGAAGAGGUUUAUGCUGCAUACGAGCAACACAAGCUUGAGACUAUGGACUCAUUAAAAGGUGGUAAAUGGAGCAAUGGAGCGGAGAUGACCGAGGAAGAAGCAGUAGCGGAGCAGCAAAGGAUGUUUGCUGAGGCACGUGCAAGAAUGAAUGGAGGUGCUAUUGCCCCAAAGCAACAACCAGAGACUGACCGAAGUUUAGAGAGCUAACCUUAGGGCCUUUUUAUUUUAUUAAACCAUAGGCAAGCUUCCUUGACUCUACUUUGUUUUGUGCUUCUAAUCUCUCCUUAUAUAGUGUACAAAAAGUCAUUUGAAGUGCACUAGCCAAUGUGGAUAUGCACUUAGAUUUGUACUUCAACUUAUGGAUCAUGUCUAUAACUUAAUGUAAUUAUUGCAAGUUUGUCCAAAAUCCAUCUUUAUUUUUCACAA